GGCGAGGGCGAGGCAGUUGUAGCAACACCCGGUCGACUCUGUGCUUUAUAUAUUCAACCCAGCCCCCCGCUGGCUGAUGGGUUGACGGCGGACACCUAGGUCGCACGCUUUCGUAGAGCGACCGCAUAUACUCACUCCAACACCUCACAUCAACAGAGACCCUCACUACAAUGUCUCUGCAAAGUCGUAGAAAGGCCGUCGGCCAACUGUUUGCCGUUGGGUUCCACGGCACCGAGAUCAACGAGGACAUCCGGACGCUGAUCCGCGAUUACGGCGUCGGGGCGAUUGUGCUGUUCAAGCGCAACGUGCGAGACGCGGACCAGCUCCGCGGCUUGUCCCAAGGCCUCCAGUCCAUCGCCAUGGAGGCCGGCCACAGCCAGCCGCUCUUCAUAGGCAUCGACCAGGAAAAUGGCCUCGUCACGCGCAUCUCGCCGCCCGUGGCAGCACAGAUGCCCGGUCCCAUGUCCCUGGGCGCCACGGGCUCGCUCGAGUCGACGCAUGCCGUCGCCGUCGCCACCGGAGAGAUGCUGCGCCAUUUCGGCAUCAACAUGAACUACGCACCCAUCGGCGACGUAAACUCGGAGCCCCUCAACCGAGUCAUUGGCACGCGGAGCCCCGGCGACAACCCGGAAACCGUCUCCAGCUUCGCCGCUGCGUGCGCCCGCGGGCUGCGAGAGGCCGGCGUUGCGCCCUGCAUCAAGCACUUUCCCGGACACGGCGACACGGAUGUCGACUCACACUAUGGCUUGCCCGUCAUCGACAAGUCGCGAGCGGACUUGGAUAAGACGGAGCUCGUGCCGUUCCGAGACGCGGCUCGUCAAGGGAUCGAGAUGGUGAUGACGGCGCACAUUUCCAUGCCUCAGCUGGGCUCGAAGCUUCCGUCCACCCUGUCGCCGCAGGCGAUUGGAAUCCUGCGCAACGAGUUCGGCUACGACGGUGUCAUCAUGACCGACUGCCUGGAAAUGGACGGUAUCAGAGCCACGUACGGCACCGUCGAGGGCGCUCUGAUGGCGAUCCAAGCCGGUGUCGACAACGUCAUGAUCUGCCACACAUUCGACGUACAGGCGGCAGCCAUUGACCGAAUCUGUGCUGCGAUAGACUCCGGCGAAUUAACUCAGCAGAGGAUAGACGAAUCGCUGAAUCGCCUCAGCAGGCUCAAAUCACACUUCACCAGCUGGGACACGGCCCUUCAGACGGGGACACCGGAGGCGCUGCAGAGUCUCAACACCCAGGGCUUCGAACUGGCUUCAGGCGUCUACAGAGCUGCCGCGACUCUUGUGCGGUCAAGGCCCGAUUUCCUGCCCGUCUCGCCAAGCGCAUUAACCGUGUUUGUGUCGCCCGGCCCGAAUAUUCCCGUCGGCGGCGGCGCUGUCGACAGCGGCGAUGCCACUCUGCCGACGCGGGUGCCUUGGGUGAAGAGUGCAUUUGCCGACACGAUACGUCAUCACAAUGGCGACGUGGUGGACAUUCGCUUUACGGAGACGGGCUUGACCGAUGAGCAGUGGAAGCAGGUGACGGAUGCCGACGUGGUCAUUCUGGCAACCCGCAAUGCCCUGGAGUCGCCCUACCAAAAGGAGAUGGGCUUGGAGAUUGCCCGCCGUCGCGAGAACAGAGGGAUAGUGGCGAUUGCGACGUGCGCACCAUAUGACUUUUUGGAAGACGAAGACGCCAUCGGUACAUAUUUGGCGGUUUAUGAGCCCACAGUCGAGGCUUUCAAAUCGGCAAUCGAUGUCGUCUACGGGAACGAGAAGGCCCUCGGCAAGCUACCAGUGCAAUGGCCUAGGGUGUAGAGUACGGCAGUCUCUGUUGCGCAAGGAUGCGGAUGGGAGCGUCGACCCGAGUUUGGCCUCUCGAUGGCAUCGUGUAUGUGAAGGCUCUGAGCGUGUCAGUGUCUAAAAUGAAUAAACAGUGGCCCGGAACGUGGAGCAUGCACAUAUUGUUGUUGCCCUGGCGCGUUCCGCUCACAUGGGCUGUUGUCAAUGACCCUGAGCGACAUAUUCAAGGAAGUGAAUGGAACGAGAAGUGCACGGCUAUUCGUUCACUGAACGCUGAAUUAGGUG